AUGCUUGCGCUCGCUCUGAAGCCCCUGCACGAGGCUUACGAGAACAAAGUGAGCUCUCUGCAGGGUUACGAGAACAAAGUGCGCUUUCUGCAGGCUUACGAGCCCGGCCCUCUCAGCGAAUCUUUCCGCGGCGAUGUCAGCUUCAUCGGAACCGAUCUGGAGCCCGUGUACGCUCAUCGUUUCAUUAUGGUGAUCACAGCUCCUGCUCUCGCCGGCCUUCGCUUCUCGCUCGGCAAUUGUUUCGUAUCGCCAUUUUUUGGACAUUGGCAUCUGUUUGAUGAAGUUCCGUCUCUGGGUCGUGAGAGCAUUCCGGAUGUCUGA